CUGGACUUUACUGAGAACACAUCAAACAGCGGUGAUACUGGUACUGAGGGAAGAUGGAUUUGAAGCUGUUGGCAGUCGUGGCUACGCUUAUGUUAAUAGCACAUGCACCCGAAUCAGAAGGAAAGCCCAUCAGCCUGGUGGAGAGAUGUUACUGCCGCUCCACAGUCAACAACAUCUCCAAAUUUCACAUCCGGGAGCUGCGGUUUAUCCAGACUCCUAACUGCCCCUUCCAAGUGAUUGCAAAGUUGAAGAAUAACAAAGAGGUGUGCGUGAACCCAGAAAUCAGGUGGCUGCAGCAGUACCUGCAGAAUGCUAUCAACAAGAUGAAGAAAUCCAAGCAAGCCAUCUAACCCGUGUUGUGAACCCAUGUCUUUGCCCUGGGCUGGGGCCACCAUCACAAUAAUGAAGCCUGUUUAUUCAUGAGAUCAUCUGAUAUAUAUAUUAUACAGCACUUAUUCUGGCUGUUAUGCUGCGGCCUUGUAUGGAAAAUUUACCUACAAAUCAUCAUUACGUCACCUGGCUACCAAGACUGUGGGCACUAUCACCACUUAUAAAGAUAUGACAUUAUUAGUGCAAUUAUAUGAGUGUACGUUGUUUUCUAAUGUUACUGUAUAUAGACUUUGUCUAUGGACUUCACCAGUAAAGAGCUAUUUUUGAUAUGUCCUUGUUUUGGCCUCUGUCAUUAAGGAGCAAUGGUGUAGUAAGGAUAUUGUAGGUCAGUAUGAAAGUGGUUAUCCCUGCAGUUAACUGAGCCAGGAAAAUAAUUUUUAAAAGUCAUUAGUGUCUUCCAUUUGUUACAAUAAGAAGUUGGUUGCUUACAAAGACAUUUUGAGUUAAGUCCUUCAUGUUUUGAUUUAAUUGGCAUCUUGGAAAAACCUGUGGCUGCCUGCUAACUUUAGCUUGAUUGUCAGACAUGUACACAAACUAGUAAAAAUUACAAUUACAAUGUUUUGCGAUGGAAAUUUGGAUGCCAAGAAAGCUGGGGCAUUUCCUGAGCUGGUCUUGUGGCUUGGAGUGAGCAGGCCUCAUUACUCAACGCAUAUAAAGAGUUGAACAUCUGGAUCUCUAAGCAUUUUAAUUGAGCAGCCAAUAUAUAGAAAUUUACUGGAAUCGUAAAAUUGGUCAGCUGGGCAAGAAUAAUCACAUUGGUGCAAAUGAAUUAACGCCAAAACUAUAAAAGGAAGUUGUACGGCAGUUAGUCACCUGGAGAAUUCACUACCACUACCAAAACUACCAUUCACUUGUACAUAUAAUGGACUACCUACUGUCAUGCAGAUAGCAAUGCACUUUAUAUGUGAUGUAUUCUUGUUCUAACCCAUCGUGUAAUUAAACUGUUUUUUAUCCCUAUGUAAUCUCAUUUAUGUUGAAUGUGACUUUGCUGUGUUGAGAAAUGUCACCGAUUGAUUCUAAUCAUAGGUACAUUGCAUGUAAAUUUAAAAUUAUCUAAAAGAUUAUUUUUGUACUCUAUUGCAUUGUAUGGAAUCAAAACAUUAAAAUGAAGAAAUGUAUGUUGACGUCUGAACCACAAGCCAUUUUAAACUAAAAUAAGACACAUAUUUGUUUUUUUUUAUGAGCAUAUUUGAUCAUUUUAUACCCUGCUGCUCAGUCAAUAUAGCAUUUUAUUCCACAACCAGCACAUAUUUGUUAGUGUAGAUCAACAGGGCCAAUCUUAAAGACUUUGAAGUGAGAACAUGUGUUUAGCUUUACUCGCGAGGGCAAAUAAAAGGCAAGGACAAUGAUCCUCUCUGUGAUUUAACUAUUAACUCAACAAGCAGCCAUUAGGAAAACAUUAGGGCUAAACGGGUUGAACUUUUAACUCCCCUCCGAGGGUACAGAGCCAUGUAUAUUGUGAUGAGUGGGGGUCUGCUGAUAGAAACGUUAGCAGAGAUAAAGAGGGCGAGUGAGCAGCCAUUAUGCACCGAUGACUGAGUUAUUUUGAAGGCUAGUUUAAUUGCAACGAAAGCAGUAGCUGAUUGAUAUCAAAGCAUGGGUUGAGUCAGCUUACUCUAAUGCAGCCUUCCAAUAGUAUGUUAAUGUUCUUGGAAUAUGUAUCACUGAGUAACAUUGAGUAUUCAAUA